AUGUCGAAAACGACCCUCGCCAUCGUCGCUGCGACGUCUGCAGCGGCGGGCGCGUCCCUCAGUGCUCUGAUCUUUUCCCGGCCCUCGAAGAGCCCGCCCACGCCGUUACCUCCGUCGCCUGCAAAAGAUGCUUCUCUCGCACCCGUUGUGCCCGUCCCAGCUCCGCCAGCGCCAGUUGCGGUGCCCAAUCCAAUCCCAGUGAUUGCACCGACACAAUCUGCCCUCCCAGCUGUCGUCUCUCCCGUCGAUCCCGCAGGAAUUCUGCGGUAUGGCUUCCCUGGUCCAAUUGCAGACACACUCUCCACGCCGUCACACCUCUCCUCCUUCAACCGGUUCACACGAAAUCCGCACUGGGUUGCAGAGCAUUUCACCGCACAGUCACUACUCCUGAACAACGGCUCCCGCAGAAACAGUGUCUUCUACGAAGACCUCUCCGUGCCGCCGAUGUUUCGAGCCAAAUUGACCGACUACGCACGGAGCGGCUACGAUCGCGGCCACCAAGUGCCCGCGGCGGACGCAAAAUGGUCACAGGCGGCGAUGGAUAGCACGUUUGUCCUGAGCAACAUGUGUCCGCAAGUGGGCGAGGGAUUCAAUCGUGACUACUGGGCACACUUUGAAGAAUUCUGUCGAAAUUUGACCAAGAGAUAUCCCAGCGUACGAGUAGUGACGGGACCACUAUACCUGCCCAAAAAGGAUGAAAAGGACGGCAAAUGGAAAGUCUCGUAUGAAAUGAUUGGCAAUCCUCCCAAUGUGGCGGUGCCCACUCACUUUUACAAGGUCAUUUUCGGCGAGGAAGCUGCAAAUGACCCCGUGGGAAGAGUGGCUCUGGGAGCAUUUGUGUUGCCCAACGCUGUGAUCCCCAACACCAAGAGCCUGAAGGACUUUGAAGUUCCUCUGGAAGCGGUCGAGAGAGCGAGCGGACUGAUGUUUGCUGAAAAACUGCCCUCGGACCGGCGCAAACAGCUCUGCAGAGAGGUCACUUGUGAGAUUAUUGUUCGAGAGUUUGACAAGGCCAGACAGCAGACUCGACCACCGUUGCCACAGCCAGGCGGUGCUAGAUGGUGA